AGUGGUGGUGGCGGCGGUGGUGGAAAACUUUACAUGUAGACUAGAAUAGAAGUUAAGACACAGACAACACCUAUCAACUCGCGACAAUCCUGAUAAAUGUAUCUAACUCCAGCAUUUUGCACUAAAAUCUAUAGAAAGCUGGUUUUCUUUCUUUAGUCUCCACUCGCCCUGUCUGAAUAUGGAUUCCAGAUAUAUUUUGGAGAAGUCGUCGGUUGCGACGAGGGUCGGCGGUGCGGAUUUUAACUGCCGGGCAGGCCGCUCCGUGCUCCGCGACACCCGUGUCCCCACGGUGGAGAAAAACGGUCCCAUGCCGGCGUACACAAACGGGCACGUCCUCUACAAAUUUGUAAUGGACGGCGGCUCAACGGCAGAGGUUAAAGGCGAGAGAAGCUCUUCAAAAGGGAACGGACUUUCUCCGAGUGGUCGAAUACUGCACGACGUGGAAAAAGCUGGCCUGGGGGACCAAAAAGACACCGGUUUCACUGGGAUCCUGAAGAGGGCCAGUCCUACUCACUGCCCAGGCAUUAAUGGGCAGUUGCCAGGCGGCUUCAUGCACUUGGACAUCAGGAACCCAGGGAAACAGGCAGAGCUGGCCAACAACUUCAGGGCAGCACAAGGACGGAACGUACCACCAACAGAGAAACAACCCCUACCCUCCUCCCACAUACCUGUCCCCAGGAACAGGAAGCCCUCAGGUCAUGCUGAUAAGGAGGUGAUGGCCGCCACCGUCCUGACAUCACUGUCCACGUCCCCUUUGGUGCUCUACCCUUCCUCUGCACCCACAGUCCCAGAGCCAGCCAGCAGGGCUUGGAAAGAGGUGCUGUCAGCCAGCUACAGCAGUUCGACCAGUGGCAACUGGAGCUGGGAUGCCAGCGACCAAUCAGUGCCCUCCACACCCUCCCCACCUCUUUCCAACGAUACCAACAAGAACUUCCUGCUCUCAUCCCAGGGUGAUGAUGUUAGUGAGGAUGUCGCAGAGAGCACGCACUUCAUGUUUGAGGACCCCAUACCUCGGAAGCGAAAGAACUCCAUGAAGGUGAUGUUCAAGUGCUUGUGGAAGAACUGUGAAAAGGUCCUCAGCACCUCCUCAGGGAUCCAGCGACACAUCCGCACCGUCCACCUGGGCCGAAACUGCGACUCGGACUACAGUGAUGGAGAGGAAGACUUUUACUACUCAGAGAUCGAGGUCAACAUGGACAGCCUAACAGAGGGCUUGUCCAGCCUCACACCCACUUCCCCCACCACGGCCGGUCCUCCGCCCGUCUUCCCUCCACCGCUCACCGAUGUCCCUCACUCUGAACACAUCAGUAUGAAUGGUUCACAGAGCCACGCUCCGACACUGCUCAGCCAAUCAGCUCCCUCCACGCUCUGCCACAUCCGCACUGACCACGCCUACCAGGCCACUGCUCCAGUGAGUGUCCCAGUGGGUCCUGAGCUGGCUGGGUUAGGCAGUGGUAAUGGAACCGGGCCUGGAAUUGGGAAUGGGAAUGGCAUCAGUGUAUCGUGGCAGUCCCCUCCUGUCAUUUUCAAAGGCGUCCCGGGGCCCGUGACUCAUGUUCGGACAGUUAGCGUCGGUGAAAAGCGGCAACCGGCAGCCAGCACACACACCACUGUUACCAAGAACCAUGCUUUAAUAACGCCGGCACCUAAAUCAACACCAGGAACCAGGAAACCCCGUGGGGAGGCAAAGAAGUGCCGAAAGGUGUACGGCAUGGAGAAGAGAGACAUGUGGUGCACAGCCUGUCGCUGGAAAAAAGCCUGUCAGAGAUUCACCGACUAAUCCGGUCCCCUUCCCGCGUGCGUGAGAUGAGCUCUUCCUCACUUGGAGCGACAGCUAGGUGGACUUUUCCACUGAAGAGACGGGGGGAGGUUUCUUCAUGAUGGGGCUGUCAGUGCUGCUUCCUCCAGCCCAGCAGGGGGUUCACCUUCUCUCUUUUCCGUUUCCAAAUACAAAGAGAAAAUAAAACUGGUGGGUAAAAACAAAAAAAAAACAAACAAAAAAAAAAAAUCAGCAAGAAAAAAGUACUUUCUGCAGGUGUGGAGACCUUUUCUAAGACGGAAACAUUUUCACUCUGUUUGAUGAAUGAGGAAAAACAAAACAUUUAAAUUGGAUUCUGAACCUUUUGUUUUUCACUUGCCAUUUUUCAUGGCCUCGACUCAAGGCAAUGUUUAAAGACUGCAGAUAAGCUUUUUGGUAUACUCUGUCGUUCAUUAUAGGAUCAUCAUGUAAUCUACUGUUUAUGGGGUGGAUCAUGACUCUUUUUGGAAGUUCAAGGGUUAACACCAGAUUUGCUCGUUAAGACCUCUGUAGCAUAUCCGUUUUUCAUUGUCACUGUUUAAGGGAUUUUAAACCUACCAAAGGCAAAAAAAAAAGCCUGUUCACUUAAUCCUGAAUCCAGCAUUACUGUCUUUUGCAGCCUUACUGGAUAUUGACCGUAUGUUUCAAUACAUAUUGUUCAGUAUCUACUACCUGUUCAUUAAAUAAAUCCAGCACAGCCAGCUAUACUUCUUGUAAUUUGCAAAGAUGCACAAAACCCUCACACCAAGUGGUACAAAAAGUUUACCCUUGACUUUCCAAAAUAUUUUUGAGAGAUGUACACAAUAUAUGAAAUAUUUUUCCCUCUCUUCUGUAUACUUGUACCCUAGAGAUAUGCACCUUGAAGAAAUGGGUCGCCUUUUGGAGUAUCACUGUAACCACAGCGUUUGUCUGAGAGAGUGGAUAUCAAUUUCGCAUAUAGAAUUUAUUUUCAGCAAAGACUUGCUGAAGCAACUAGCAGUUGCACUGUGCAAUCAGCAGAAUUUCUUGCUUUGUGGUUUUCAUUGUUGUUGAUAUGGUGAGUUGAGGCGGGAAGGCUCACUUUUUUUCCUUUGACAGCUGAUGUUCUCAAAGAAAUCGUUAACCACAAUGAAUGAUACAUGAAUGAUAACUGCCCUUUGAAACAUUAGCUUACAGUAUGACUGAUGUCAUUUGUGUAUGUAGGUGAAUAACAGAGAUUGUAAGUCAACAAUCACUACCUGAUGAGUCAGGCAUUCUAAUUUAUUUCUUACAGUUUUGAAUGGAGACGUUACCUAAUCUUUAGUCUUCGGAAUAACUACCGUUAGACAGCAUUGCAAAAUUUGUAGAUACCACACAUAACUUCAAAGGAACCAAACGUUUUUCCACUGUUUUUUGUUUUUUUGGGGGCUCGAUGUUGUGUUGAAUCCUUUAGAAUGAUCUUUCACUCUGGUCUAACAUUUGAAAAUGAAAGGUGAGAAUCAAAUCAAGUCAGUGCAGAGCAGCGGUGUACAGCAGGCGACUGACAGUAUGAGCAAAAGUUUAAAUGUUUUAUUUACCAAAUAGGCCUGUAAUACUAAUGGCCGGCCUGCUUUCCCAAGCUUUAGAUUAAAUAUAUAUAUAUGUAUACAUAUAUAUAUACAUAUGUGUGUAUAUAUAUAUGUAUAUAUAUUUACACAUACAGUAUGUACUGUAUAUGUAUACACAUUUUCAUCAAUAUUGGCGUAUCUAAGAAAAUAGCAACCUUUGAUUUUAAAGCCCAUUAUGUUGCCUGUUUUGUAUUUCCAUUAAACGUCCAACAGUUCUAAGGAAAGAAAAGAAAUGCAAAGACAUUGGCAACCAAACUUAAAAGCGCUUAAGACAUUUAAUCUCCUGCAACACAAUACAGGAGAGUUCCCACAGUAGACAAACACAGUGAAAUAAGUCAACUAGGUAUUCUUUGAAGGUUACCAGCCUAAAACUGUACACAUGCAGGCUGAAGUGUAUUUGUAACUGGCUUAAAGACGUGGAUAGACAACUCAGUGAUGAUGUCUUAAUGGUGAUGCUAAUGACGAAAUUAGAAGAAAGAACAACACAUCAGUAGUCAGAAGGUUUUCAAAUAAUUCCUGCAUUCAGAGAUUCCCUGGAAGAGUUUUACUCUCUUUUUUUUCAUUUUUCUAACAUAUAUCAGUUGUUAACUUGCCUCCCAUAAACCCUAGUCAAGGUCUUUUAUUUAUUAGAUAGUUCAAAAUUACAAAUUUGCCUCGUGACAACACCCACCCAUAGCCCCUGGAUUCGGAUCAGAAAAAAACUCAACCCUUUGACAGGAAGUUCUCCGAUCUGCUCUCAGAGGCGGAGUCAUGACAGUAGAUGUAUAUUUUUGAAGAGAUUCACCCUUGUGCUGUUUGUUAGCAGCUUUUUGAAUGUAGAUUCUGCUGUGUGUCCUCUGCUCUUUAAGUGCUCCUGACACUGACCUGACCCGAUCACCAUAGCAGCGUAUGACAAACACACACACACACACACACACACAGUGCCUUUCCUCUCCUGUACAAGCAGGCGUUCGAGCAGACUCCUUGACUGAGCUACAGUACGACUGCAGACCUUUGUCGCCAUAGAAACACCUGUGCUGUCUCGCUGUUGCCACAGGGUCACUCACGCUGUCUGCUACUGGCUGAUGCCACAUUAUUGGCGACCAGUUAUCACUUCUCAAUAAAAGCUGGGAAGCAGAUGCCUGACUGUUAAUUGGUGGCUCGAAGUCAUUGGGCAAAGACUUAUUAAGCACACAAUUUAGUCCAAACAGUAGUGAAUAAUAUCUCAUACAGUUCCUGUAAAAAAAAAACAAACGCCAUUUUGUUUAGAAAGUGAACGAUCCUGCCUGUAAGUCGUUUAUUCCAGUGGCAUCCCAGA